UAAAAGUUAUAAUAAAAAUAGUGUUACGUGGAGAUGUAUCGAACAUAACCGCCAAAAGAAAUGCUCUGUUAUUAUCCACACGACAUCUGAUAAAAAAAAUGGUGAAAUUAUUGGUGAUGCUCCAAUUCACCAUCAUGCUGGUGAUGUAUCUGAAAUUAAAACUAAAGUUGUUCGUUGUAAUUUAAAACGUCGUGCUGUGAAUAACGAUAGUAAACCGUUAGGAAUUAUUGCUGAUGUAGUCAAAGAUGUUAAAUCACCAGUUAUGUCUCGAUUGGGUAAAAUUUCAAGUAUGCAACGUAUGAUUCAACGCGUUCGUAGUGAGAAAAUACCUAAAGUUGAAGGAAAAACUCUUCAUGAUUUGACAUUGCCAGAUGAAUUAAAAUUAACAGAAAAGAACAAAACUUUUUUACAGUAUGACAGUGGACAAAACAACAAUCGUUUUAUGAUUUUCACUACAUAUGCUAAUCUAAUGAAAUUAUCUCAAUGUGAAAUUUGGGCUGGUGAUGGCACAUUUCGAUCCGUGCCUGUUUUAUUUAAACAAUUGUAUUCAUUGCACGGAGUCAUUGAUGGGCACACACUACCGCUCGUUUAUAUGUUGUCAUCACGGAAAUCUAAAACUGUAUAUCGACAGAUUCUGCAAAAAAUUAAAGAAUUGCUACCUGAUAAUAUCAUGUUACGUCGAAUGUUGACUGACUAUGAAUUAUCAUUUGUUAAUGCAUUUAAGAAUGUUUUUAUCGAUGUACAUGUAAGCGGAUGUUUUUUCCAUUAUACCCAGUGAAUAUGGCGAAAUAUUCAGGCCAAAGGCUUACAAGAAUUGUAUAAUAAAAAUAUUCGUGUUGCUGAAAAUAUAAGAAUGCUCAUGGCGAUUGCAUUUGUGCCGACUAAUGACGUGAUCACCGCUUAUAAUGAACUUAUAAAAUCUGAAGGUUAUAUUCAAUAUGAAAACGAACUAAGUGAGAUGUUAGAUUAUUUCGAAUCAACAUGGAUUGGAGUCUUAAAACGAAAUAAAGUUGAUCGAAAUGACCCAUUAUUUAGAAUUGAAUUGUGGAAUUGUUAUAAUAGCGUAUUAAAUGAUGAAACUCGAUCUAACAACGGUAUUGAAGGUUGGCAUCGUUCUUUCAAUGCUUUAGUUCGUGUUCAUCAUGCUAGUAUUAUUAAAUUUGUAACUGCACUGAAAUCUGAGCAGACAAUUCUUGAAUUGAAGCUAGUACAACUAAAUACUGGUGUACCUUUGGUUAAACGACGGUGUCAGUACCUCAAUCAUGAUGUUCGCCUAAAAAGAAUUGUUACCGCAUACGACCCCAAUCUGAAGUUGCAAUACCUUAAAAAUGUCGCGGGUAUAUUACGGCUUUAGAGUCUAGUAUUCGCAUAUUAUUUUAAUAUGUUGAUUAUUUACAUUUCAUUAAAAUUUUUUUAGAUAAUUUCAGUCAUAAAAAUAAUAAUUAGAUGAUAAUAUGAUGUACAUUAAAAGAUUAUUAUGAUGAAUUUAUGUUUAAAAUGAAUAAUAAGUAUAA